UGACUUUUAAAGGUUCCGGGUUUCCUGAUACACACAUAUCUUGAUGUGACAAGACUGAAGAGGAGAAUCUGGUGAAAUAGUGCUUGUAUUAACAAACAUAGUCAGGCUUGUUGAUUACAGACUAAAUCAUUGAAUAUAAAAGAUUAUUAUUUUUCCUUUGGCAGCUAAUUUUGAGUGAACAGUUGUAGAGAUUUCAGCUUAUAAUGGCCGCUGUUGACAGCUUCCAGCUUUUGUAUAGAGAAAUUUCCAGAUCAUGCAGCUGUUAUGUGGAAACGCUGGCGCUCGUGGGUGCGUGUUACACAGCCAGCAAGGCUGUUAUAUUUAUGAGAGACUGCUAUAGUUUGAUAAGGCUUCAUUUUAUUCCUCGUCUUGUGUGCCAUAGAGAUCUUAGUCAGCAAUAUGGACAAUGGGCGGUCAUAUGUGGAGCUUCAGAGGAAAUAGCAAAAGCAUAUGCAGAGGAACUGGCCAGGCAUGGCAUCUCUGUGAUUCUGAUCAGUAAUGACAUCAGUACUGUGGCUGACACUGCCAAAGCCAUCUCAGACGCUCACGGUGUAGAAGCCAUUUGGAUUGAAGCUGAUUUCAGUCAGGGGUCCACGGCCUGUAGACCUAUAAGAGAUGCCAUCGCCGGUAAAAAUAUUGGAUUCAUCAUUAACAGUCUGGACGGGUCUCUGGACACCUCUCAAGACUUUACGGACCUCUCUGAAUCUGCGGUGUGGGACACUAUCAAUAGAAAUGUAGUAGCUGCCACUCUUGUCACCCGCCUGGCACUGCCUGCUAUGGUGGAGAGGGGAAAAGGAGCAGUGGUCAACAUUUCUGCUGGGCGCUGCUUUCGUCCGACUCCUAGAAAGGCUCCUCUCUCUGCAUCCACGGCCUUUUUCGAUAACUUCAGUCGCUCUCUACACUAUGAAUAUGGUAAUCGAGGAGUCUUCGUGCAGAGUUUGCUGCCUUUUAGAGUUGCAUCUCAAAGAUCUGAGGGUAACGGUUCUGCUGGCUGGCUGGUGCCAAGCCCACAAGUGUAUGCCAGGAAUGCUCUUUUAACUCUGGGCAUCUCUCACAGAACCACAGGAUACUGGCCUCACACCAUACAGUUUGGACUGGUGCAGUGCAUGCCAGAGUGGGUAUGGAUUCUGGGAUCACGUGUGUUCACAGGGGCCACCUGACAGGGAUGUUUCCCCUCCAUGUGAAAGACCUGGUUUUUCAAAUGGAUGUUGCAGAGUUUACUUUGACCAAUCUUAGAACAAAAUGAGUGAUUAAAGUGUUGAAACUUAAAAUCAACUACUGUUCCUUUUAACCCCUCCUACUGAGUUCUAAAAGAAAUGCCUCAGAUAAUAUAUCUGUUUGCAAAAAAA